CCAUGGGGUCAGAACUCAGCCCUAAACUUUACUGUCACUUGGACGUGCCGGUGUAUUUAAGAAGCUGACACUUUGCCAAGCUACUUUUGCAAUACAGUUCUUCUACUUUACAAUCUUUUUCUACUGUUUAUAACACCCAUGUCGUCCGAAGCACCAUCUUCUACCGUUACUCCAGUCAAAUCCAAAGUCAACGUCUGCCCUGCAUGGAAGAAUGAUAUCCACAACAAAACCCACAAUCUUGACAAGCCUACCUAUUUGUCCGUCGCCACUGUAGACUUGGAGAGCACACCACUGAAUGAACUCUUCGUAUAUCGUGGUUUCGCUGGCGAAGACAAGAAGGGCGAGACCGGAUGGCAAAGUGAUUUGUUGACAAGCACAUGCGACAAGCGCGCGUUCAACCUGGCUGAUAACGCCAAUUUUGUGGCUACUUGGGUUGUCGAUGAUGAUCACUUCCGUAUUCAAGGCAAGGCACAUGCUAUCGGUCAAGGAUUCAACAGCACAGAUGAUAUCGGUCACCAUAUUGCUCGCAAGAGACGCUCCAAGAAAAUUCGCAAGAGCAGCAGUGGUGAUGCCGAUGACGAUAGCAGCAGCAGCAGUGAUGAGGACGAAGAAGGCCUCGGUGACAAGCUUAGCAAUGCCACAAAGUCGUUCUUGAGACGCAUCAAGUCCCGAUUGCAUCACGGGGGUAGCAAAAAAUUUGACUGGGAAGCGGAGCGAUUACGCCAAUGGCACGACUUGUCCGACGAAGCUCGCGCAUCGUUUACCUGGCCCACUGCUUCUGGUCAGGCCAAGGUCGAAGAGGAUGACGAGUUGGCACGUAUUGCAGAGCUGGAUAUUGGUGAGACCGAUGCCGAAGGCUAUUUUAAGCACGAGGAUAAGGACAAGCAGGCCUUGUUGGAGCGUGGAUAUGAGAACUUUGUUGUUGUCUUUUUGGAAGUUUUUGAAAUCGACCAUCAUGCUGUGUCUGAGCAGAAGCGAACAGUGUACCGUAAGGAAGGUGCCGAAUGGGCAACCACAUCUGUUACCGCUUGAAUUAGACAACUACAUAUCAUUUAAGUACAUAGCAUAAUAAAAUCAUAAUGUUUACACUUGAUGUCUUCCUGUGUGACACACACUUA